AUGGAAGAUGGUAACAUCCAGGAGCAAGCCAUUAAGAAAGUUACUACCCUGUACGACCACCGAACUCCAAGAAGGUUGGAACAUUUGGACAAACUUGGACAGAAUCUAGAGAACCUUAGCAAGCAGGUUGGCAGAAAGGUCGGCCAAACCUUUGAGAGGGUUGCUCCAAAUUCGUUUUUGGAUAGUAUAAGUUAUGAGAGUGAGAGACUUAGAAGUCAUAGUGAGCAUUCUUCUAGAAGGAAUAGUGAUGAUGGUGGGAGGGCCAGACAAGAGGGAUUUAGGCAUGAUGGCAUCAGCUCAGAACCUCCUACGGCAAACGUUACGAAUUUCAACGCUUGGGGCGAGCUGAACAGCUCUACCUCCACGACUAGAACAGAACUUAGUUCUUCUGAUGGAGGAGAUGAUCAAGUAAACAAAAACCGUCGUCGAAGUCACGAGUCAGCGUUACCAGCAACUCCAAUGCAUAGCAACAUGCCAUGGAUAUCAACUGAUAAUUUAGCUCCGGAUACAGCUUUCGGUUCUUCGUUAGCAGAUAUCAUGGAGAGUCCGGCUAAUAAGGUCCAUCUUCGCGACGACAUCAAAUCCAUCCGUUCGGACGACUCGUCAGAUGAACGCAAGCCUCGUGGUUGGCGACUGAUCAAGAAUGUGACAACAGCAACUGGAGCCUUCACUUCUAAGGGGCAAGGUCAUACGUCUUUGCCUGGAACGCCUCUGCCUAGUUUUCAGUCAAAACCUGACAGCAAGAGUUCAAACUACGCCAAAGAAAACAGAAAGCCUUCAUUUCCUUCAUAUCCUAAUGAAAAAGACGAAAAUUUAGGAGAAACUAGUCCAGAGGGUUUGGAGCCAGAAUCUUUGAUGUUCCGUGACGGUAGAAGACGAAUUGACAUGGUGUUAGCUUAUGAAGAAGAAGAUUAUGGAGUCAUGACUGAGGUGGAAGCUAGGAAGCGGGAGCACAGGAAAACAUUCCAAGAAAAUUUAGUAAGAGAAGGUUUAGAACUAGAGUUAGAAAAUAAGUGCUUGUCCUUUGACGAGAAAACUUGGUUCCUCAAAAUCCACAUCCCUUGGAAGACUGAAAUGAGGCUUGCUGAAGUGAUCGGGAUGAAAUUACCUACGAAGAGGUUCAUCACGAUAUCUGUUCGGGCUUGGAGUGAUGAAAAACAGGCAGAAAAAGACAAACGGUGGCACUCAAAAUGGCGCCGGCGAUGGAAACAGAUAUAUGAAUACGAACACUCCAGAAUAGAACCUGAACCUUCGUUUUACGGUGCUACUGAUCAACGAGGAGCCCGUAGAGAGGAAAUGUUUCUAGUAAAAGACAGACACACACAAUUUUCACCGGCACAAAGAAGUUUUUUAGUUAUGCAGAUAUUAGUACGAGCCAAAUACGAUAUCAAUGAAACUAAGUUGGGAAUCCGUCGCUUACUCAAUGAUGGCACAUACCUAGCAUGUUUUCCUUUACACGAAGGCAGACAUGACAUUGGCAUGUCUGAUGGAAGUAUUACGGACAGAAGGCUCUUAUAUUUAGAAUGGGCUCGUCCUGCCAAAUGGUAUAAAAAGCAGCCACUCUGGCUCGUCCGACGGUAUUUUGGUGACAAGAUAGGUCUCUACUUCUGCUGGCUCGGAUUCUAUACUAAGAUGCUCUACGCUCCAGCUAUAGUAGGAACUCUAUGUUUCUUAUAUGGACUUGCUAGUAUGGAAUCAAAUGAUAACAUUCCAAGCAAAGAGAUUUGCGACCUCAAAGGACCAGGUAACAUUACGCUGUGUCCUCUCUGUGACAAAGCAUGUCAGUACCAGUCUCUAGGCGACUCCUGCUUGUUCGCUAAACUAACGUACUUAUUUGAUAACCCAGCCACUGUCUUCUUUGCAAUCUUUAUGUCAUUUUGGGCUACAACAUUCCUAGAACUUUGGAAGCGAAAACAAUCAAUAUUAAAAUGGGAAUGGGAUUUAGCAGGAGUUGACCAGGACGAAGAUCCCAGGCCAGAAUUCGAGACCUCAGUGAAAACAUUCCGUACAAACCCAGUAACUAGAGAGAAGGAACCUUACCUUCCUACAUGGCAGAAGACUGUAAAAUAUGUUGCUAGCAGUUCUGCUGUCUUAUUUAUGAUUGCAAUUGUAAUGGGUGCCGUGCUUGGCACUAUAAUCUACCGAAUAUCUAUGGUGUCGGUCAUUUACGGUGGCUCCGGCUUUUUCAUCAGACGCCACACAAAAAUCUUCACCACCAUGACUGCUGCCGUCAUUAACUUGAUCAUCAUCAUGAUUCUCACUAGGAUUUACGCCAAAAUCGCUGUCGCGCUCACCAAUAUGGAGAACCCUCGCACACAAACCGAGUACGAAGACUCUUAUACAUUUAAGAUAUUCUUCUUCGAGUUCAUGAACUUCUACUCCUCGCUUAUCUACAUAGCAUUUUUCAAAGGUCGUUUCUAUGACUACCCAGGAGAUGAUCAAGCUAGAAAGUCCGAAUUCUUCAAGUUAAAAGGAGACAUUUGUGAUCCAGCAGGAUGUUUAUCAGAAUUGUGCAUCCAACUGGCUAUAAUCAUGAUAGGAAAACAGAUAUUCAACAACAUCGUUGAGCUGGGUUACCCAAAAUUCCAUAACUGGUGGCGGCAACGGUCACACCGGGCCGUCACCAGGGACCUAAGCAAGCCACACAUGGCCUGGGAACAAGACUACCAUCUCCAGGAUCCUGGAAGACUGGCUUUGUUUGAUGAAUACCUGGAGAUGAUUCUCCAAUACGGCUUCGUGACUUUAUUCGUGGCAGCAUUCCCCCUGGCGCCAUUGUUUGCUCUGCUAAACAACAUAGCUGAAAUACGUCUGGACGCGUACAAAAUGGUGACGCAAGCAAGGAGACCUUUGGCUGAAAGGGUCGAGGACAUUGGAGCUUGGUACGGCAUUCUCAAGGGAAUCACUUACGCAGCUGUCGUAUCAAAUGCGUUCGUGAUAGCUUAUACAAGCGACUUUAUACCCCGGAUGGUGUACAAAUACGUGUAUUCUCCGGACCACACAUUGGCGGGGUACAUUGAUCACUCCUUAUCUCUAUUUAACACAUCAGACUACCGUGAAGACUGGGGGGCGGACGAGAACGAAGAAGACCCACCAGUGUGCGCGUACCGAGGGUACAGGAAUCCCCCCGACCAUGCGGACCCUUAUGGACUCUCACCGCACUACUGGCAUGUGUUCGCUGCGAGAUUGGCCUUCGUUGUGGUGUUCGAGCAUGUGGUGUUCGGUCUCACUGGUCUCAUGCAGCUCUUCAUCCCGGACGUGCCGAGUGAGCUCCGAACCCAGAUACAGCGAGAAGCACUCCUAGCUAAAGAAGCCAAAUACGAACACGGCAGGCGGAGGCUCAGCACGGAGUACAGGCAGCUCAUCACACAGAAAAGUGAGAGCGCCACAGCUGCGAGUGCAGCGAACCCGGGCCCCGAGCGCGGGGGAGCGUGGGCGCGGCGCCCUUCGCGCGUCUCGGACGGACUCGACGCGCACGUCGCCGUAGCUCAACGGCCCUCUUCUCCCUAUAAGCGAGCUGCUUAUCACUGA